AUCAAGCUUGGGCGGGUGUCUCCUGCUGCCCACCAAUCCCGGAAGCUGAGGCUCACUUGGUGGCUAGCAGGGCACAGGACUGAGCUGGGAAGCCACACUACCCUGUUAACGCUCUGUGCCGAGAGAUCGUUGUUGCCAGGUUGUCUAAGAAGUCAAGGAAGAAGGUGAUGGGGGCAGUGACUUUCUCAGAUGCACCUCCAGCUGUCAAGAUCUCCCCUGUUUGCCUGUGUGUGGGGUAGGGGAAAUGGGCAGCAGGCACUGUAGCAGCUACCAGGGGCAAUGGCGGCUCCCUGUAUCCUCCUACACACUGGGCAGAAGAUGCCCCUGAUUGGACUGGGCACCUGGAAGAGCGACCCUGGCCAGGUUAAAGCAGCUAUUAAGUAUGCCCUGAGUGUAGGCUACCGCCACAUUGACUGUGCUGCUAUCUAUGGCAAUGAGACUGAAAUCGGGGAAGCCCUGAAGGAGAAUGUGGGACCUGGCAAGUUGGUGCCUCGGGAGGAGCUCUUUGUGACUUCCAAGCUGUGGAACACAAAGCACCACCCCAAGGAUGUGGAGCCUGCCCUCCGGAAGACACUUGCUGACCUGCAGCUGGAGUAUCUGGACCUGUACCUGAUGCACUGGCCUUACGCCUUUGAGCGGGGAGACAGCCCCUUCCCUAAGAAUGCUGAUGGGACUAUACGCUAUGACUCCACCCACUACAAGGAGACCUGGAGGGCUCUGGAGGCACUCGUGGCUAAGGGGCUGGUGCGGGCUCUGGGCCUGUCCAACUUCAACAGUCGGCAGACUGACGAUGUGCUCAGCGUGGCCUCUGUACGCCCAGCUGUCCUGCAGGUGGAAUGCCACCCGUACUUGGCUCAGAAUGAGCUGAUUGCCCACUGCCAAGCACGAGGCCUGGAGGUGACUGCUUAUAGCCCUCUGGGCUCCUCUGAUCGUGCGUGGCGUGAUCCUGAGGAGCCUGUCCUGCUUAAGGAGCCAGUGGUCCUGGCACUGGCUGAAAAGCAUGGUCGAUCUCCAGCUCAGAUCUUGCUCAGGUGGCAGGUCCAGCGGAAAGUGAUCUGCAUCCCCAAGAGUGUCACGCCUUCCCGUAUCCUUGAGAACAUCCAGGUGUUUGACUUCACCUUUAGCCCAGAGGAGAUGAAACAGCUGGAUGCCCUGAAUAAAAAUUUGCGAUUCAUUGUGCCCAUGCUUACGGUGGAUGGGAAGAGGGUCCCAAGAGAUGCAGGGCACCCUCUGUACCCCUUCAAUGACCCAUAUUGAGACCGCAGCUUCCUGGCUUCCUUUUCAUCUCUCUGCUGUAAGGUCCUGCUGUCUACAGAAAGGAGUUAAUAAAGCCCUUGGAGUAUCCA